UGGUAAGAAACAUACUAGAAGAAACAUACAUAAAAAGAUAUAAUAAUCAAUACAAACAAACAAGUAGCCAAAGUUUACCACUUUUUAAGUAGGUUUACUCUCCUUCCUUCAUUUGACUUUUCUCUAUCCUUCUUUAAUACACACAAAUCAUAUAUAUACAAGUACUCAUGUACCCUGCCUUUUCCCCUAAUCAUCACAUAAUCAUUGUUCUUCACUAAAUUCAUCAUCACGCACACACAUACACAUAUACUAUUCAUCUCAUUAAGUGGAUUCUAUGGAUAAUAGAUCGCCAAGAUCAAGAGGAAUCUUGGGUCCGAGACCAAUACCAUUGAAAGUCCGUGGAGAUUCGCACAAGAUCAUCAAGAAGCCACCACUAGCGCCGCCACACCCGCAACCACAACCACCACAAACCCAUCAGCAAGAACCGUCACAAUCGCGGCCGCCACCUGGUCCCGUGAUUAUAUACACAGUAUCUCCCAGGAUUAUCCAUACACACCCUAAUAACUUCAUGACAUUGGUCCAACGUCUCACAGGUAAAACCUCCACCUCCACAACAUCCUCCUCCUAUUCUUCAUCUACGUCAGCACCAAAAGACGCGUCAACAAUGGUUGAUACAUCUCAUGGGUUGAUAUCUCCGGCGGCUCGGUUUGCUGUUACAGAGAAGGCUAAUAUCUCAAACGAACUAGGGACAUUUGUUGGAGGCGAAGGGACUAUGGAUCAAUAUUAUCAUUAUCAUCAUCAUCAUCAUCAUCAAGAACAACAACAUCAAAAUCAAGGGUUCGAGCGGCCAAGUUUCCACCAUGCUGGGAUUUUAUCGCCGGGACCUAAUUCUCUGCCGUCGGUAUCACCGGACUUCUUUUCCACUAUUGGACCAACCGAUCCACAAGGUUUUUCGUCGUUCUUUAAUGACUUUAACUCUAUCCUUCAGAGUAGUCCAUCGAAGAUUCAGUCUCCUUCUUCUAUGGACCUUUUCAACAAUUUCUUUGAUUCUUGAUUCAGUUAUUAUAUCUAGGUGAACUAAUUUACGAGUGUUAGGAAAAAAAAGAGGAUAUGUUUUACGUUUUUUCAUCAUUUUUUUGGAGACACUCCGAUGCAGUUAGAGGGUUUCUACUUAUGCAUUUCGUGAUGAUUGCGUCAUUUGUUUACAUCAAUUUGGCAAUUUGAUGAUAUGUGUAUUCUUGUUUGGUGGGCUUCCCACAUAUACUUUAAAGUUUAUGUUCAAUGAAUCUUG